ACACUGUUCUGCCCCAUGCCCCAAACACACACACACAUAAAAUUGAAUUAAACUGCGAAGCACUGAUUGAAGGAGACGGUGCUGCAAAGUUUCACAUGAGAUAACAUGAGGCUUAGCCUGUGCCUGACACAGAGGAGGAGCCCAGAAAAGGGUUCCCACUGUUAUCAGUACAUGUCACUGGACUGGGUGAACUGGCGAGUGCUUUGCAGGAAGUCCUUUGUGGGAAUAUGAAGUCCCACAGAAGUGCUGAGUCAUGGCAGAGCACACACUAGUUAGUAGCCAAAUCUCUUCCCUCAGCCCUCAGGGGACCUCUGGGUUGUGGGCUGGAUGGGGCUUCAAGAGACCAGACCUUUGCCCAGGCUGCCAAUCUGCCAGCCCACUUCCUGACAGCCCCCUGGCACCAGCACCACUGGCCAGAAGCCCAGGGGCAGAGAUGCCAUUCCCUGCUUCUCAUUGCCUGUACUGACCUCCAAGCUGCAGGUUCAGGCCUCUCCCGACCGCAUUUCCUGCCCCGGCUCGCAUGGCGCACCAGAAGCUGGUGGUGGUGUUUGGAGCCACGGGUGCCCAGGGAGGCUCCGUGGCCCGGACGCUCCUGGAAGACAGGACAUUCAGGGUUCGAGUGGUGACCCGGGACCCUGGGCAGAAGGCAGCGAAGGAGCUGAGGCUGCGGGGUGCAGAAGUGGUGCAGGGAGACCAGGAUGACGAGGCCAGCAUGGAGCUGGCCCUGACGGGGGCUCAUGCCACCUUCAUCGUGACCAACUACUGGGAGAACUGCAGCCAGGAGCAGGAGGUCAAGCAGGGAAAGCUGCUGGCUGAUCUGACCAAGCGCCUGGGCCUUCGCUACGUGGUCUACAGUGGCCUGGAGAACAUCAAGAAGCUGACGGCGGGGAGAUUGGCUGCGGGCCACUUUGAUGGCAAAGGGGAGGUGGAGGAAUAUUUCCGGGACAUCGGCGUUCCCAUGACCAGCGUGCGGCUGCCCUGCUAUUUCGAGAACUUACUCUCUUACUUCCUGCCCCAGAAAGCCCCAGGUGGAAAGAGCUACUUGCUGAGCUUGCCCAUGGGUGACGUUCCCAUGGACGGCAUGUCCGUGAGCGACCUGGGUCCUGUGGUGCUCAGUCUGCUGAAGAUGCCAGAAGAAUACGUUGGCCAGAACAUUGGGCUCAGUACCUGCAGGCACACAGCAGAAGAGUAUGCCGCCCUGCUCUCCAAGCACACCGGGAAGGCUGUGCGUGACGCCAAGACAACUCCUGAGGAGUAUGAGAAGCGUGGCUUCCCUGGUGCCCAGGACCUGGCCAACAUGUUCCGUUUCUAUGCCCUGAAACCCGACCGCAACAUCGAACUGACCCUGAGGCUUAACCCCAAGGCCAGGACGCUGGACCAGUGGCUGGAGCAGCACAAAGGGGACUUUGCUGGACUGUGACCUUGCCCACCUCUCAAACCUGUCUGGGGGGACUGGAGGCACAGUCACUGUGAUCCUUUCUUGUUACAAAAAAAUUAUUUUUUAAAUAAAGGCCAUUGUUCUCACAGAUGGCUUCCAAAA